AUGUGGACUUUUCAGAUUCUCGCAAUAGCAUGGUUUGGCUACGAAGUCGUCACCAAUAUUACGAGAAGAUCUUUUGAUGCUUUACAUCGUCUUUUCUUCGGAUUAUUACUUGGAUUAUUAGCAUAUCAUUGGGUAGCUUUCAUAUUAUCAGGAUUUACUUAUAUGUCUAGAUGGUUAGGCUAUUUGCUCCUUAUAUUUUUUGGUUCUCUAUCAUAUUUAUUACAUAAAACAAAUUCAAACUUAAAACUCGGCUUCGUCUUUUUUCUAAAUCCAAAACAGAAAAUCGCAUACAUAGUAUUUGCGUUUAUCGCAUUUAUGACCGUUUUUGUUUCUUCUUAUUACGGAUUUCAAACUACAACCUUCCCAAUCAACGAAUACUCAGUAUUUUUAAGCAUGGUCUCUUCUUUUUCAAUAGGUGCUAAUUCGCCUCGUCAAAAGAUAUUUAAAAUCACUACAGCGCCAGAUAUUGAUAUUCCUCCGAUUUAUCCAUUCAUGCCAUCCUUUGUUGUCGCAUCAUUAACUACAACAGGGAGAACCGAUCCUCGUACAAUAAUUGUAUUUAUUCAUACAUUUUUACUCUUAUCAAUUUUUAUUUUCCAUUAUGGUAUAUCAUAUGUAUACUCAAAAUCCCAUGUUACAUCCAUCAUAAGUGUCUUUAUAUUUAUGCUUAUGGGAGGCAUCGGAUGGACCUAUUUCCACUCAAAAAAUCAAGAUUCGAAUAAUUUAGUAUCAAGAUAUUACACUACAUCUACAUUUUGGAAGCAUACCAUAUUCGAAUUUUUGAUUGCCAAUCCAAAUCAUCUCUGGGGAACCGCGCUUUCAUACGCAACAAUUUUAAUUCUUAUUACAGCCACAAACUCGACCAUUGACUCAUUAUUUGUAUUAGCAAGCUUCUUCUGUGCAGCUCUUGCCCAAUCUACGCCAUCAAUGCUCUAUGGUUUAAUUGUUCUUUCAAUAUUAAUUGCAAAAGACGAUUAUCUUGUCAAACGGUUGACGAAAUCGAAAUUAUUUGCCGAAAACUGGAGUGUCUACUUCAUUAUUUCCAUUUUCCUUGCUAUUGUCAUUUCAUCUCAUAAUAUUUUCUUCUCAAACUACCCUACUUGUCAUUUCCAAGCAUUAUGGAAUGCUUUUGGACAAGGUGAUUCAUGUUUUUCCUUCUGGUUCAAAGCUCUUGGCAUAUUUAUCCUUUCAUAUCUUAUUUUUGGCAUUGUUUUUGUAAGAAAGGACCGAGUUCAUUUAUAUAUUAACUCAGUCAUUAUAUUUGUUAUAUUUAAUUAUGUGAUUAUCAAUAAGAAAGAGAAUAAUCUUGAAAUAUUAUAUGCAACAUGGGUUCCUUUUGCAUGUGCGGCUGUUGCAACCUUUUAUUCCCAGCUUCUUGUAACCAAAGGAUGGAUUUCCCAAUGGAUUGGAGGCAUUGUUUUUGCUGGAAUUAUGUUUUCGACCUGUGCAUCAGGUUUUAUCGGUACAGCUUAUCAUUUGUCGACAUCUAAUGUAUUAACUACUGCUGAAGAGUAUAAGUAUGGCCUCUGGUUGGCAGAAAAUAUAAAUAAGAGAGUUGUUAUACUUCCGGACUCAACUUUGAUGGCAAAUCCUGCUUCAGUUGUUGCUGGAAGAGCUGUUGCGGGUGGAAAUAUAUGGAUGGAACUUAAUUAUUACCAUUUAUCUGAAAAAAAUUAUUCGCGUUUGUUGAAAAAUCCUUUGGAUUAUAACGUAUUUUCUAGAUACCAGAUAUACUAUGUUCAAUCAACUACGAAAAACCCGUGGAUUGACUUGAAUCAGGAAAAUAUCUUUUGGAAAGUUAUUUUUAAGAGCAAAGAUAUUGUUUUGUAUAGAAGAGUGUAA